ACCAUGGCCAUCUUUGAAUCUGAGGAGGUUUGCACCAUCAAUACUGGUGCACUAUCCUUUACCACAAAGUUGGUUUAAUUCAGAUAGCGUUACAUAAACUAUUUUGUCCGAGCAUGGCAAACAGAAAUAUGCAACAAGCGAGCAUGCAGAGCAGUAAUUCUCCUCAACCAGCGAGACGCGGGAUCGACUCCCCGGGCACGGAGCAGUCACCGGCGAACAAAGACAGCCCAGCUCCGCAGCAGCAGCAGUCUCCUGCGGGCGAGCAAGAAGCCGGGGAAGGAAGCGAGGAAGGCCCGGAAGAAAUGACUCUGGAUAUCACGAGUUUUCGAAAGCCCGGGGAGAAGACGUUCACCCAGCGCUCACGGCUGUUUGUGGGGAACCUCCCCACGGACAUCCCGGAGGAGGAGUUCAAGAACAUGUUCGCUAAAUAUGGAAACGUUAACGAGGUUUUCAUCAACAGAGACCGGGGCUUCGGCUUAAUCCGCCUGGAAACCCGGACGCUGGCAGAGAUUGCAAAAGCUGAGCUGGAUGGGACGGUUUUGAAUAAUAGACCAAUCAGGAUCCGCUUUUCUACACAUGUUGCUGCGCUCACAGUGCGUAACCUGUUGCCCGUUGUAACAAAUGAGCUGCUGGAACAGGCGUUUUCUCAGUUUGGGCCGGUGGAACGGGCUAUCGUCGUGACAGAUGACCGUGGUCGUCCUACUGGCAGGGGCCUUGUGGAGUUUGCAAACAAGGCAGCUGCACGUAAAGCCCUGGAGCGCUGCACGGAGGGAGCGCUGCUGCUGACCACCACACCUUGUCCAGCUAUUGUGGAGCCCUCAGAGCACUUUGAUGAUGAGGACGGGCUGCCGGAAAAAAUGCUGCAGAAGACUCCGAGAUACUAUAAGGAACGAGAGCAGCAGCCACACUUUGCUCAGCCGGGGACAUUUGAGUUUGAAUACUCGUCUCGUUGGAAAGCUCUUCAUGAGAUGGAGAAACAGCAAAGAGAGCAGGUGGACAAGAACAUUAAAGAAGCCAAAGAGAAACUGGAGGCUGAGCUGGAGUCGGCCAAACAUGAACAUCAACUCAUGUUAAUGAGACAAGACCUAAUGAGACGUCAGGAGGAACUGAGGAGACUGGAGGAGCUCCGCAACCAGGAGUUGCAGAGACGAAAGCAGAUAGAGAUGAGGCAUGAAGAGGAGAGGAGGAGGAGAGAGGAGGAGAUGAUGAGACACAGGGAACAGGAGGACCUGAGACGCAACCCAGACGGCUUCAAACCAAACUACAUGGACAGUAGAGAACAGGAAAUGAGAGUGGGUGAGCUGGGCCCUCGUGGAGCCAUUAAUAUGGGAGAUGGCUAUAACCAGGCCUCUCCGGGGCCCACUGGUAACCAGGGUCAAAUGAUGGGCAUGAGUGGAAGGGGAGGAGCCAUUGGCCCAGAGGGAACUGCAAAUAUGGGGACACCAUUGAUGUCAGAGAAUGGAGCCAUGCGAAACGAUAGAUACCCGCAGGGUGGAUCAAUGGGGGGCCGACCAGAAGUUGAGUCCCCAAAGCAGCAGCAGCAGCAGCAGCAACAACCGCAACAACAGCAGCAGCAGCAGCAGCAGCCGCCAUUGGGCCCUCAAGGCGGACCAGCUCCAGGUUUUGGCAGGGGGAAUCCAGUAGGGGGAGUCUUUGACGGGCCGAAUAACAAGCGGCGCAGAUGCUGACUUCUAUCUGAUCAAAGAGACGCUGUUCUGAUGGAUCUGCGUUACUGCGCCAGCCCGAUAAUAUCGUUUCUGCUUUACGUUGAUUCGAUUCCCUCCCUGAGACUCUUUGCUGAAUAUUUUUUAACCGAUUUUUUUGUUCUUGUGAUUGCUAAAACUACAGGAUAAUGCUUUGUAUCUGCACUUAUCUGCAGUGUUUAUUCAGUCCCCCCCCCCCCCCCCCCCCGCAUAUGUUUCUCCUCUUUGUUUCAGAAUGAACUGGUUUGUCCUCUUGUGUGCUGAAAAUUAAGUGUGCAAACAAAGUGUCACAGCGUGUUAUCAAGGAAGGCAUUUGUGGUUAGACAUCUUUGCAUUUGCUUUGGCGGCUACGGUCUUGGAUACUAUUAAGGUGCUUCAGGGGAGUGUUCAAUAAGAUAAAUUGGAUUGGACAUGGAUUUAAGUCAAAACAGGAUGGCUGACCUCUCAAAGUGAAAAAUAGUGUAACACCAGUAUAAAAAAUAUGUUCCUGAUAGUAAAUCACCUUUUUAUUAAAGCUUUUUUUGGGUUGGAUACUUUCAAAUGUUUCUCCACUUUCUGUAUUUGAUGGUUAAGAGAAAUAAAACAUUUUUAGGAAGUUGUCUAUUUGUGAUUUUAAAGAAUUGUGUAAUUUUCUCAAACUGGAUAGUAAAUUAACCAAAUCCUGCUAAAUAACUUAAUCUGAAAUAGAAAGCUUGCAACAUGACUUCUCUCUCUAAACAUUUCUGGGUUCAGCUGAAUCGCAGCUUAACACAUAGCGAAGUUAGAUUUACUAUCAAAUAAUUCCUCCAUCAAAUGGUAAAGAAGAAAAUAUAUCUUCAUUUUCAAGCUUCUCAGCCUCUCAUUUUACUAUUGGGUAUUUGCUAUUUUCAGUACAGCCUUUUCUCCACAAAAUGUCUAAGCAUCACUUUCAUAGUUCACCUCUUAAAUUGUAGUCAUGGAACAACAGUUGACAUUUUUAUGAGAGUAUAAUUAUCUUGGGAGAAUUUUAAAUAAUUCCCCUAACAAAUCCUUAAAGGAGGUGUGUAAGAUUUAGGGGGAUGAAUAGUCAGAAAUAGAAUAUAAUAUUCAUAAGUAUGUUUUCAUUAGUGUAUUAUCACCUGUUUUCAUUACCUUAGUAUGAGCCCUUCCACGGAUUUUGCCGUGACGCUUGUCAUUUUUUCGUGAGAUUCUUGUCUCGAUUCUCGAGGCAAGCGUUAUGGUUGCAAUUUGCAGCCUCACCACAAGAUGCCACUAAAGCUUACACACUUGUCCUUUCAGUCAGAGGAGACAGGAUUAGGGUUGGGAUCAUUUUCAGACCCUUAUAACAAUGUGUUUAUACUGCAAGACGAUGAAGUAAAAUUAAACAUAAAUUGUGAUGUUCUUGUGAAAUCAUCCAACAUGGACAUAAUUCCCAGGCCAUUUAUACCAAAAUGUGUUCCAGUUCACACAGAGAUGAUUUCUCUGUAACACAGCAACGAGGUUUACGCAGUGUGAAUGCCCGUCUUCUGAAGGAUGCGUUGGGUGUGGCUGGGUUUUGAAGGUUGGUCGGUAGAGUUUGCAGCUCCAUCAGGUGUAUUUGUGUGUAUGUUUGAUCUAUCUGGAAAAUAAUGCAGAUGACAAUGUACGUACCAACUAUAUGACGCACAAGUCAAAUGCCACCAUUGUUGUAUAAGUCAAUGUGGAUGCUCCUUUAUAUGGCAAAUUGGUCUCAUUUUCUAAUGAGGUGGUCAUUGUAGGAAUACUCUCAAAACAUUGUACUGAAGAGAAUUGACUUUACACUGUUGUUUAGGCCUUGUGUUUUACAUUUUUAAAACGAUCUCAGUGUUUUCUGGUGAUGCUUACCUUUUUGCUAAUCUUUAAGAAGACAAUAAAUUAUUUCCAUAGUG